CUUUUUUGGAGCUAACAAAUCUCAAAUUAGGUAUAAUCAACUCAGAAAAAAAAGACAUUUAUAAAAGAGAAAUUGAAGGAGGUUCCAAAAAGUAUAAUUUUAAGCCUAUUUCAAAGAUUACCAAAGAAGAGCUUUUUGAAUAUUGGUCUAUUACCUUAGUGUUAGAUUUGGGAGUUUUUAAAACAAUUAUGGAAAUUAUAAAUCAUAGUAAUACAAAUAUGAAAGACAGAUUCUAUUUGGCUCAAUCAACACCCAAAUUUACAGAUGAUCAAAUUAAAAGAAUUGCAGGUGAAAUGAGUGAUAUUAGUUAUGAAUUGGUAGAAGGAAUUAAAGUUUGCACCCUUGAUGAAACAAUAUAUAAAUACUUCAUAGAUUCAGAUUCAAAAGAGAAAUAUAUUCAAGAUAAAAAUAAAUCACCAAUUAUGUGUAUACCUCAUAAACCUCAUUCAAAUGGUCACUUAAGCUAUAAAGAAUUCAAAUAUCCAUAUUAUAGAGUUUUUAACAAGUUAGAUAAUGAAAUUAAUCCCUCAAGUAGUGUUGAUCCCGUAUUAGGAACGUAUAAAGAUCUUAAAUUUCAUUUAGUUGGUGAUAGUGCAUUUUUUUCCAAAGAUAAUUUAAAUCAUAUUGUAAAUAAAGGUUGGUUGGCAACAAUUUCAGAUUCCUCAAGUAGAAACAUUAACACAUUGCUCAAAGAUACAUUAAAAGAUGAUAAAAGUUGGAUUGCAAUUGAACUUGAUGGUUAUUAUAAAGUCUGUAAAAUUGAUGAAAGAGACGAAAAAGUUCCUACAUUUAAAUCAAUAGCAACAACUGGUUUUAAAACUCAAAAUCACGAAGUUAAUCUAAGUAAAGGUUCUAAUAAUUGUUAUGCAGUGGAUCUUUAUGAAUUAAAUAAUUCAACUUUAAAGAAAUUAUGUUUAGGUUUAGGUGUUUCAAGAUCAAGUAGUAAUAGGAGAAUGGUUAUGUCAAUUUGUGGUAUAGAUCCAUUAUCUCGUUCAACCAACCCCAAUUCGUACUCAUUAUUAUCAGAAGCAAUUCAAAAAGAUACUUUAAAAUCAUAUCAUUAG